GGCACGCAUGGUGAUAUUCGAUUAGGGGAAGUCUACGCGUGUGGUUACUUGUCAAACUAUUUUCACUUUGUAGCUCGUUUAAAUUCCAAAUUCAAACCUUAUGCAUUUAUUUUGGCCUUUCCGUUGAAGUUGGAAACGAAAAUUGUACAAAAGUUAAAAGAAAAAACACUUCCGAAAUGGGCAAAAUUGCCAAUUUGGUUAAAGUGGUGAGAAACAACUGGAAGAAGAGUCUCUUCGCGACAGGGGUCGUCUUUUACGGAGUUGACUAUGCCGUAGAUCAGUAUAGGGUGUCAUGUUUGAUGAGAGCAUACUGUGAGAGUGCUUUGAAGUAUGGUGAUGCUCCAGUGGGGAAAGAGCACAAAGUCAGGAGGAUCACAGUCAUUCUCAACCCUGCUGCUAAUAAGAAGAGAGCUAAAAAACAGUUUGAGAGCUACUGUGCACCCUUGUUGUACCUUUCUGGUGUAUAUGUUUCUAUAUUAGAGACUGAAAAAGAAGGACAUGCCAGAAAUUUAGUGGAUAAAAUUGAUCCAAGGACAGAUGCUUUGGUCAUUGCCGGUGGAGAUGGAACUUUAUCUGAAGCUGUUACUGGACUGAUGAGGAGUAAUGGUGAGCUGUGUAAGAUACCAAUUGGUGUUUUGCCAUUAGGACAGAGAAAUUCUCUAGCCUCGAUUCUCUUUGAGAGAGACGAUUCCAACAAAGUCGAAAAAAUGGCUCAGGCUACAAUGGCAAUUAUUAAAGGAAACACAAAACCUAUUGAUGUCUUCAGGAUAGAACCAUUAGAUAAAGCUGAAGAGUCAAACCCAAAGCCUGUAUAUGGAGUUGGCACUCUGGAAUGGGGAUUACGCAGAGAGCUGCGCAGGCAAGCAGAGAACUUUUGGUACCUAGGCCCACUGGGACAGUUUGCCACCCUUGUCUUCCAUGGCUCUUCAGUUCACACAACAAGCAACCGUGGACUCAUCCAGGCCAGAUUGAGGUUCUCACCUCCUUGUGCAGGCUGCAACAAAUGCUACAAAUAUAGGCCAGACCUGGUCGUCAUUAAGCCUGAGCCUGUACCAAAUGCAUCAAAAUGGUGGAAUUUUUCUUCAUUGAAAAACCGAAGGCUCAUGACACAAAUAGCAGUCGAGCCAGCAGUUGAUUACACAAAGAUAAAUAAUGAGCACUGUUCUGUUAUGGAGGAGAAGGUUGUUAAAACAUCAGACUUGUACUUGACAACGAGCAUAUCAAAUGAGAUUAGUAAUAUUCCAAAAAUCACACUGAAAAUUGGUCCAGUAGUUGACCAUCAAGGCCAACUUUUGUCCGAUGGUCUCAAAUUGUUGCAAGAAAAUGACUCAGUUGUGGUCGACGAACUAGAAGCAAAACAAGUUGAAAUAACUCCACUUUUAGAGAAAGUCAAUUACCGUUCCAAGGAAAAAGAAGAUUGUAUAGCAAUAGAUAACGAAGAUUAUGAAGUUCGUCCAAUUAAAGUAACAAUAUUACCUAAUUCUGUUAAGGUAUUCUGUAAUUAAAAUACAUUUAUUUUUAUUUUAGA